CAUAAGUGGAGCGACUGAGCGACUCACCAACGGAUCUGUCCGUGUGGCUACGUCGUUUUCCUAGACGCUCGCCUUGUCCAUUCGAUUCAUGCACGAUUGAAAAAAAUAUCAGACGAGAUCUCAACCGCAUCGGCCAAGCUUAACCAAGCCGCGGACACGCUUUCGCGUCUGGUGAUCGGUCGCCGAGCGUUUGGUUGGUGAUCUCUCCGCCGUGGACGUAGUGGUCCCGUGACUCAUCCCGUACAUCAUAUAUACCGAGUACCAACGUACGUGCGUACGCGUGCGAAUCGUACGAUACGUUGCGUUCGCUGGUAUCCGCAAUUCCGCAGUCUUGCGUUAUUAUUACGGAAAAGUCGUCGGAUAAAGUUAUUUGCCGACGACGACGACGCCGCGCAUGCAAGAAGACGUGUGCGUGCAUCCUGUGUACCUCCGUAACGCAGUUAUCGGUCACAGUCAUCGUCGUCAGCAGCAGCAGCAACCAGGGCAGCAGAUCCCAAUCUCACCUUCUCGUAUGCGCACAUCCGAGUCGCGAGUGAGAUCCUUUGAACACCGCUCGGAUUCCUUUGCAUGGUGCGUACAUUCUAAGAAAAUAUGCCUCUAUUCGGAAAGUCCCAGAAAAGCCCUGCAGAAGUGGUGAAAGCGCUUAAGGAGGCGGUGAACGCGUUGGAACGCGGCGACAAGAAGGUAGAGAAGGCGCAAGAAGACGUCAGCAAGAAUCUAGUACACAUCAAAAACAUGCUGUAUGGCACAGCCGAGACGGAGCCACAGGCGGACAUCGUGGUGGCACAGCUUGCGCAGGAAUUGUAUAACAGCAAUCUGCUGCUUCUGUUGGUGCAAAAUUUGAGUCGUAUCGACUUCGAGGGAAAGAAGGAUGUCGCACAGGUCUUCAAUAACAUUUUACGGAGACAAAUCGGAACUAGAUCGCCCACAGUAGAAUACAUAUGUACCAAACCUGAAAUUCUUUUUACACUUAUGUCCGGAUACGAGCACCAAGACAUUGCACUCAACUGUGGCACGAUGUUACGAGAGUGUGCGAGAUACGAAGCUCUAGCUAAGAUCAUGAUCUACUCGGAUGACUUUUACAACUUCUUCAGAUAUGUCGAGGUUUCUACGUUCGAUAUCGCGUCUGACGCUUUCUCUACAUUUAAAGAAUUACUUACGAGGCACAAAAUACUCAGCGCCGAAUUCUUAGAAAUACAUUACGAUAAAGUUUUUUCACAUUAUCAGAGGUUACUCAAUUCAGAAAACUAUGUAACACGACGACAGAGCUUAAAACUAUUGGGCGAGCUAUUGCUCGAUAGACACAAUUUUACAGUUAUGACACGAUAUAUAUCAAAUCCAGAUAAUUUAAAAUUGAUGAUGAAUAUGCUGAAGGAGAAGUCUCGCAAUAUACAGUUUGAAGCUUUCCACGUUUUCAAGGUAUUUGUGGCGAAUCCCAACAAACCAAAACCCAUUCUAGACAUAUUACUCCGUAAUCAGGAGAAACUGAUCGAGUUCCUGACGCGCUUCCACACGGAUCGUUCAGAAGACGAACAGUUCAACGACGAGAAGGCGUAUCUAAUUAAACAGAUCAAAGAACUUAAGUCUGUACAUGAUAAUUAAGUCAAGGAAAAUACAAUUAUUGCUACCGCUACGACUAACUACCACUACAAUCAUUAUUACUAGAGUCUACUACUGCUGUUGCUAAUUACGGUUUAUCACUAUUAUAUAGUUAUAAUUUAUCAUCGUCAUUGUCAUAUUGUCACCAUCAUUGUCAUUAAUCAUCGUCAUUUUACUAUUGUCAUCGUCAUCUCGGCAUUAUUAUUAUUAUUAUUAUUAUUAUUAUUAUUAUUAAUUUUAUUUGUGAGUAAAUAAUUCACUGUAAAUAAAAAUUACAUUUAUA